GAUCGGGACACCCCAGAGGACAUAGCAGGCGAGUAGAAAAGCCAAGAACGAACAAAAUUCCCGUGGCAAGCAGGUUUUCACACCGAGUCAUCAAUACUUGGAACCUGCUGCCCGAAGCAGUGGUGUCCGCACCUUCAAUUGACUCUUUCAAGAGAAGACUGGACACUCACAGAAGCAUACUAGAAAAGAAAUAACAUAGGCCGCCGGCUUUUUGUCCUUAAUACACGAAUCUGAAUCUGAAACAACUGCCCUUAUUCUACUAAACUUUUGGGUGAGACUAUAAUUUAUGUACGACCUUUGAGCGACCCUAAAGGGUUAGAAAUUAGAUUUAGGGUUUUCAUCACGAACUGACAUCGGCUAUGACGCCGAAAGGCUAUUUAACCAAAUGUAUGAAUGAAUUUCUCGCCAAAAUUCAAGACUCGUUAUCUUAUAUCUGACUGGUUCGUCCAUAAAUUACAGUCUCACCGAAUAAUAGAUUUUAAUAUCAUAGCAGGAAUUUAUUGGUUUAUAAAGAGGACUAUAGAAAUAUCAUAUCUAUCAUUGCCUUCUUACUUGAGUGCUUGAAGAUUCAGUUUUUUACACGCCAUUUUUUCAAAAAGUAAUUUAUUAGCUUAACGCAAAUUUGUUGUACUACCGUACAAUUACAACAUACCACUGCUUAUCUACUGCAGCUGUGAUAUGCCGCGUGAUACUAACUUCCCGCCUAAGCCAGUGAACAGCUUGUUUAUUAUUAUUAUUUUGCCCUACCUAUAGAGCAGUUAAAGUUUGUGGAAAGUCGUAUUUUUCAUGUCAAUGUUUCACUAAUCGUAAUAUAUAGUAAAAAUUUGAAUGAUUUGACUUUGUCAUCCUUUAAUACCUUGCGUUUGUGGGACAGCUGAAUAGUUGGAGUGAACAAUAUGAUUAGGUGCAUGAAAGGUAGACAUUAAAUUUACUUUCAUCAUUGGAAGAUUCUGACAUUUUUUGGUAUUACUCCCCUAGAUACAAACCAAUGAUGGCCCAGGAACCUUUACAUAUUGUGCCAGAUAACAUCUUAUUACAUUUGUACACGCGAUUUCUUCUUAAUAUUCCCGAUGAGUUGAAAGAAGAUUGUGCAAAGAAUUUCGUAAGAAUCUUUUUUGAAGUUGAGCGGGCUCAUUGGUUUUAUGUCGAUUAUUGUAUUGAAGAUCCUUCAGUUGGUGGUGUUGAUAUGUUCGGACUAACUCAACAAUUAUUUGAGAAGUUUCCUUCUAUUGUCCCCAGGGGUAUAAACUGGCAAGAAAAGUUUGUCGAAUGGAAGAAAUACCGUGGAUCCACAGCUACUGGGAGCAUGAUAAUUAUUGACGAACAUUACAAGAUGAUCUUGUUAGUCCAAGGAUUUUAUGGCAAUCGUUGGAGCCUACCUGGUGGCAAAAUUAAUCAAGAUGAAUCUCUUGUUGAUUGUGCUUCUCGUGAAGUAAUGGAAGAAACGGGUCUGGACUUAGCAAAUCGUAUCUUACCGUCCCUCUAUAUUGAUCGUUAUAUUGGUGGUACUUUAAGACGAGCAUUCAUUGUUGAAGGACUUCCCAGGACUUCUCGGUUGAAGCCUGGUACAAAAAACGAGAUUGAGGCUAUAACUUGGUUUGGGAUUGCUGAUUUGCCAACACAUAUACAAGAUAUUACUACUAUGGAAAAAUUGAAUUCAAGACCGAACAACUUCUACCUGGUGAUCCCAUUUAUUCGGCAACUGAAACUGUACGUAGAACAACGACUGUCAGGCAAACCACCUGGUUUAGCGUUAUCUGAAUCAGAACGCCUUUGUGGUAAUUCUAUGAAUUAUUCUGUUAAUCUUCAACACAAUGCAAUAAACAGUCUGUCAAAUAUGAAAGUGAAUGCAACCAGUACCCCGUCCAAGAAGCAAAAAAAGAAUAAGAAAUCAAACACGUCAAAAAGUCCCAAUCAAUCUUUAUCUGAGGAUGGAAAAACUGGUGAAAAAUCGAGAAAUCGAACAAGUUCUAAUGUCGCUUGUAACUCCGAAUUUAAGAAGUGUGGGAAACACAAUGCCAAUUUUUCUUUCGUGUCAAUAGUGGACGGGAUGACUGAGAGCAACUCUAAUAACAAUAAUAAUGUUGAUACUGGUUUACAAAUGGUGUCGUAUUGGCAAUCUUUUCAGAUUGAUAGAAAUAAGUUAUUAGAAUGUUUAUGUAAUAGUGCAAAGUGA